UUGUGCUUCCACUACUAAGCUCAGAGCUGUAAUGACCAACUUGAAGACGGUCCUCGAACGUCUGAGAAGCUCCAAAGUCAAGGAACGACAAGAGGGAAUAAUUUCUCUCAAAGAAGCCUUCUCACGCGAUGAUGCUGUCCUCAAUCUUGGGGAUGGACGCGCCUGGCUGGUCGUGUAUCAGGCCCUCUUCACGGCAGUCACCAGUGAAAAGGCAGAAUGCGACAAGAAAGCUGCGUCAGGCAAGAGUGCAUCGACAGGUGCAGCUGCCUCGCGCAGACUUGGGGAUGCCGCCGCUGCCGUUCGUUGGCUAGUGGAGAGAAGCAUCUCCAGGCUCACUACCAAAAUCCUCACACCCCUCCUGGCUCAUCUCUUGCAGAUGAUGGUUCACCGUGGGCAGCUGUACGCUCCACUUACUCUUGACUACCUUAAGACCAUCAAGAUACUUCUCAGCUGGACGCCACACAUGGACCACAUUGAUGCAGCCACUUGGAUCAGCAUAGCUGAAUUGGCUUUUAACAUCAUUUUGGGCGACCCGAUAAAGAGAAAGCUCGACAACGAUACUGGGGAGAGUAAUGAUGAGAGCAUGCAGGCCGAAAUUUCCGCCAUGUACCAAGAUGACUCCGACGAGGGUGAGGAUCAUGAACCCUCUACAUCAACCCAAAAGCGCAAAUGGAAGGCAAGGGAACACAUUACUACGCCUGCUCCCAGCGGUAUGCGUCCUACAAGGUCACACCAUUCGGUUUCCUUAGAGCAAGUCGAAUGUGCUUCCCUACUCGCCCUUCUGUUCCGCGCUCCCACAGCUCCCUUCCUAUCAGAGGAUGGGCCAGAUCUAUCACCUGCUAUCCUGACCCGCAUGCGACGAUUCUUGGAACGCUAUCCCAGUGACGCGUCCCUUCACCAUGAUUACCUUCUUGCCCUGCAGCCAGUAUUGUCUCAUCUUUGCCUGAAUCGGACGAAGGACGUUGAAACUUUCGCUCGUUCAACAUGGAACCAACUAGUCGGGCUGUGGGGCACCAAGAACAAGCGCAUGAAGGAAAGUCUUGUUGGCAUUUUGAGAACGCUAUUCCCGUUCUUAACAGCUGCACAUGACGGGCCGUCUUUUGCUUGGGCUGACGGAGUGUACAAACUUUGGACCCUCCUGAGUGGCGAGGCCGAGAAUCGCCGGGGUCUUGAUAGUCUCUCUCUCGACUCCUUGAGGCUCGAGGUUCUUCCUUCUGACGCCGAACACUGCGGACGUGGGGUGUUUGUCGCUCACACAUUCAGGGCCGGAUGGCAUUUUGAUUCUUCUCAAGCUCUCGCGUGGGCUUUAAUGGAGCUACAAGCUGAUUGUGCGGAGAAGCUUUUCGAUCACUCCGAGUCAACGCAUGUUGGCACUCCGGACGGUGAAGGAAGCCUAGGAAAGCGUGUCAAGCGUGAAGACCCUAUUUUAUCUCUUCUUCAUUCCAUACAGUCGACAACCGCUUCCGGCGUUCGGACGUAUCAUCUCCAAGUUCUCCUAUUUUUCAUUGAUCGGCACUGGCCGUGCCUCCACUUUGCACUCCAACAGGAUGUAAUGAGCACCCUACUGCAAUUUGUCUCCGUUGAUGAUCCCAUCAUCCAAUCCUGGACUUUCCUUUGCUUCGCCGCAAUUGCACAGUCAGAUGGCCUUCAGAGUUCUCGUGCAACCCAGUCACCAUCAGUCACCGUACGGACCGCAGCUGUCCUCCGCGACUCCGCUGUCUGGGAUCCUGUGUGGACUCAUGCCAUGCGCAGAGCCAAUGUACCUGUAGUUUGCAGGGCAGCAUGUCAUACCGCAUACACACUUAUCCUCCACUCCAAGCUCUUAUUAACAUCUCAGCGAGUUCUCAUCGAAAUCGAGACCUUGGCGAAGGAUCUGGAUCUGCAGGGCCCUGCAUUUCCAUAUGAUUCUGUGUGUUUGUUCCUGGCGCAAUGCUUGCGUGUUGCGAGCCAAGAUGUGAGGCUAUACAGAAUGCAGUUGGAGGAGAAGGUUCUUAGCUGGCUUCUUGAUAAUUGGAGAAUUGGUGCAGGACAGGCGGUGAAGGAUACUAGUGGAAAAUCCCGGAUGCCACUUCACAAUAUUGGUGAUAUUCUCGGGUUGCUAGAGAGCAUCUGUGGAACCUCAAAGCGCAGCGAUCUUCUUUGUCGCAUAUUGCUUCCCGAUUGUGCGAUCGUUGAGCUCAUGAAGGAAGAGCGGAAGACCAAAGUCAUCCGCGAUUUCCUGCUUGAUGCUCGACUCCCUUCCUUCCACAAGGGCGCCGUAUCUUCGGGCGGCGAAGAAAUUACACACAGCUCUGUCAAUGAUGAGGAUGAGUCGAUUAUCGACUCCGAGCUGGUUCAGCCUCGAGGUCGCGAGCGUCGAGUGUCUUCGUCUCUGCUCAAAGCGAUGGAAUCUCUCGCUGUCGAAUGGGAUACGUUCAAGGAAACCAACGCCCACCCCACUGCCGAAAAGCUCCGGCAAUCACUUGAUGCUGUUGUGACCGCCUUUGCGUUCGAGGCCCUACUCGUAUGGAACGGAAUGCGGUGUAAUCGGCGCGUUCUGCAAUCCGCCGCUCGAGUAAUGUCACUUCUUGCACCACUCCUAACGGAUGCACGUUGGACAGCAGAUGAACGCGUGCUGAUAUUACACGCCCUGGAGCCUCUGGUAAUGAAUGGAGAGGAACGCAGUACGAACGAAGAGUGGGAAGCUAUGUUGGGCCCGGAUCUUGGUUCUGGCAUUAGAUCCCAUACUCUCAAGGGCCUGAAACGGAAUCUCUCUGAGAGACAUCACCUUCACACAGUUCGACGACUGUUCCAGCGUGUCUUUUGGGCAAAUGCAGACAUACAAGAUGCUUUCUCUGCAGUUUCUGAUGCCCUUCGGAUAUCACUUCACACUAUGACAGGCCAACUUCGUAAAGGAGCGCAAGAUGUUCAUGCUCUGGAUGCGGACGGAUUUGGGGCUAUUAGGACAACUCGCACAGGACCGCCGACACAAGAGGAUGCUGCUCAUGAUGACAUCACGGCUGCGAACCAGUACCUUGCUGACCUAUGUAUCACAUUCCUUGCGACGACCCCUGUUCUUCGAUCUUCAUCUGCAGAAGCUAUGCGAGACAAAGAGCUAACAAAGCUCAUAGUCGAUUGUCCCGCAGAAAAGUUACUUUUGAUAGGCAACGCAGUUCUAGGAUCAGUUCGACGGCGGGUUUUGAGUCUUAGCAUCGAUGUCCUCAACGAGCUUCUUGACAAAUUCGAAGAUCUUCUUGGCUCACACACUCAUGGUCGCAAUGUUAAUCUGCAGGUUAUGGCUGUUGAUUUACUGGACUCCACUUCGCACAUUUGGGUCCAGAAGUCAAUCGCGGACACUGAUGUCGGAGAUCAUAUCCGCGAGUUAUGCGGUUGGCUCAGUCAUAACAUGAUAAAGAGGAAAUUUACUUCAUGGAAAAUGCGCGACUUCGCUUCCCAAUUUUUCUCCAGGUAUAUCGCCCAGGAUCCUUCCGAGUCUUUUUGGCCAACAGUUUGCCAAAAGAAACCCGUAGAACGACCCUCCACCAUUAUCCCUAUGCUGAACAUGGAUCAGGAUAUCCGUGUACGCUUCCGGGCCGCAGUCGUCAGUGCUCGUCUCUUUACCCUGGCUCGCUUUGCUGGUCAGAACUCCCUUGACAUGUAUAAUGCCAUCAAAGAGGGGUUGACAAAGGAUCUCUCGAAUUACGAGCAAAUGCUCACUCGUACUUUGUGCCUCGGCAAUAUCAUGGUUGUGAGUUCGGCUGCGAGGCGUGGACCCUAUUGGCACUUGAUAGAAGCGGCCUUUCAUAGCCCGCUUUACACGCGUCACAUCCAAGCGACUCUGACUGGCGUUUCUGAGAGACUUGGGCUCCCUAAAUUGUCAGACCUCUUCGAAGCCUACGCUUCGCAGAUUGCAUACUCCAUUCGACAGGCUUCUCAGGACGUGCUUCGUCUCUCUCCCCAGCUCCUUGGCUACCAGAAUCGAAGGGAAUGCGCAGAAGCAACCUUCCGUCUUUUCACUCCGACUAAUGUCAUGGCAGGCGGUGGAAAUUCAGAAGCGGUUGACCAUGGCCGUAGACUAUUCCUGAGCCACUGCGCUGCCAAUCAGAAGACGGCUGCCGACGGCUUGCAGGAAUGCUUGGGUGAUCUCAUCGGAUUCCAACUUGUGUUUUGGUUGGAUGGUGGAAGAGUCGAUUGUAAUACACCACCGGAGCAGUUAAAAAAGAUGUUGCAGGACAAGGGUGUCGACCUUGACCAAGAGCAGGGUUUCAACAGUUGUGUAGAAAAAAAUGCAGCGAGCAUUGCAGCGGCAGUGGUUCGGUCCCUAGGUGACCAGGACUUCUCUGUCGAUGGUGCGAUCAUGCAAGCCAUCAAGGCACAUGAUUCAAGCUCCUCUGCUCAGGUUUUCAAGGCUCUGUCCAAGUACAGAACCUUGGAUGACUUCAACCUCCACAGCCCGAAUCUUCCUGCGUUCGGCUCAUCCACUGUCUUGCGAGCUCUCAAUUGGUGCAUUUCUCUCGCGGUCCCCGAGCACGUCGAAGCCAUAUCCUAUCAUGUCCUCCACCAGCUUUUCUCCGAAGUUCAGAGAUCACCGUUAGUCAAUGAACAGAUCCGCCUGCUGAAUGGCAUUUCUCUUCUGGUAGCAGUCCGUCAUGAGGACUUCUGCGAACCUACAUUGCUCCACACUCUGAUUCAUGAAGCAACAUCUCUUCUCGCUCAGGCGGACCUCGUACAUGCGGCUCGCUCAUUCCUCGAAUGGGGCUUUACCAAGUAUUCAUCGACGAACCAAGUGGAUCUAAGGUUUCCUGGUUUGCUCAUCCGAGUGUGCGCUCAGGCUCAUGAUUAUUCACUGGCCACCGGUGACGUUCAAAUCGCGGACAUGGGCAAGGGCCUGUUACAUUGGAUCGACAGGCAAGCUCUCGAGCUUUGCCGAAGAAAAACAAUCAGGCCACAGGUCAUGAAAGCCUUGUCAGCUUGGCCACAUCAGCCCUCAUCUGAGCUGUUGUCAGUUUAUGACGACAUCACCGCGGAUGAUCUCUCGUCGAUACUGAGUGACUAUCGCAUUGCAUCCAACAAGUUUCGCCUCGUCAGACGGCUCCGAGACCUCGCAGAGCGGCGCGUCUAUGAUCGAGCGCAGUUUGCCAAGACAGAUUUCUGGCGCCUAAAAGAUUUCAUUCCUCCCAGGGACCAGCUCCAACCUGACGAUGUCGAUGCAUUCGCUUCUUUAUUGAUUGCGAAUAAUGGUGACAUCUACAGCUUCGGAAGUGAACAGCCCUUUUUGCAGACGGUGCGGGGACGACACCGGCGCAAUGCAAAAAAGCGGGAUGUAUCACAGAUGGAAUCUUCACCUCAGCGGGCGAUUAUUGAAACGCUGCUCGCUAUGGUAGACGGGACCUUGCCACAGGAAGUCAGUCUCGCUUACUCAACCCUACGAUCCGUUGUAUCAGCUUCCUCAUUGGACACGCUCCUCCGUCAAUCUUGGCCUGUUGAAUCGAGAGCCGCUUUGAAUUAUCUCGAACAAUAUCCAAUCAAAGCGAGGUCUCGGCGUGUCCGCAGUAUUGAUGAGCUGCAGGCGACGGUCGAGUGUUAUCUGGAGUCUGAAUUCUGGAAAUGGAUCAGCGAGCUCACUAUCUUGCUGAGCGAUGUGCUUAGUGCCGUGGACCCAAUUUACGCACAAUUCUCAACGUUUUUGGAGCGAGAUGUUUCUUUCGCAGACGAUAUGCUUCCCGUAUUGGUUCACACUUUGCUGCAGAACGAACUUGAUCAGCCAGAAUCAACGGGCGUGUCCUCGCGAACUCGUCUAUCACAGUAUUUCAGCGCCAUGCUUGCCAUGGAUAAUAUCCAUUUGUCCUGCUUAAGGUCUAUUGUCGAUGUCGUACUUCACCUUCGCACCUUUCGCCCGAAAGGUUCCACUGAUUGUCUGGCUCACGAUAAAUGGCUCGACAUCGAUUACAUGCUCCUUGCGAAAAGUGCAGUGACAUGCGGCGCGUAUACGACUGCUCUUCUAUUCCUCGAACUCGCAGCGGAGUACCAGUCCUUGGACAUGGACAAUGCAGCAGGCACAGAACACCUCCUUUUUGAAAUUUACAGCCACAUCGACGAGCCCGAUGGAUUUUACGGGAUCAAGACCGCUGAUCUGCGCCAUUUCCUCAUCAAACGGUUUCAUCAUGAGAAGCAGUGGGAGAAAGCCUUUCGUUUCCAUGGUGCUGCCCUUGAGGCUGGAAGCCCUGAGGCAGUCGAUACGGACGGUCUGCUCAGUUCUUUCCAUGCCUUCGGCUUCGACCGUCUUGCUAUUAACACUCUCCAGACAUCCCAGAUCGGCCUUGAUACGAGGAAUUCGUCGUCUGCCAUGUGCUAUCAGCUGGGUUGGCGUACUGAAACCUGGGACUUGCCUGACAAUGCAGGAGAUAGUUCUGGAGCCACACUUUAUCAGGCACUGCGAGCAGUGUAUAGGGAACGGGACCCGCGGGCAGUCGACGCCAUUGUUCGCAGCUCGCUUGACGAUGAAAUGACCCGCCUGCGGCAGCUUGGCACUGAGAACAUUUCGGGUAUCCGCGAGGUUGCUCGUAACAUCAUGUGCCUUGGCCAGAUUACCCAGUGGAGGAGUGAUUCUAUGCAGCAGCAGCUUUCAAGCAAAUCGGAAGAUACCCACAAUCUGCCUAGGCUCGAGGAAAUUGAUUCUGAUAUCGAAUUUACCGAUUUGGAACAGAUUCUUGCAACGAGGAUCUCAUUGGUACGGUCAGUCAGGCAGAAAGAGGAACGAAAGCAAAUUGGCAGUUUCGCUACACCGCUCGUCCGUGGAAUUCUAGACCUCGAGAAGCGGUGCCUCGUCCGCCUAUCCAUUGCCGCUCGGAAAUCCAAUCAACUGCAGGUUGCACUGAAUUCUAUCGUGAAAGCCCAGCGGCUCGAGAGAAAUGCCAGUUUCGAGGUUGCUCGUGAAUUCGCCAACGUUCUCUGGCUCCAGAAGGAGCAAAAGUUGGCAGUGCAGUACCUCAAGGACCUAGUAAAUGAUCAGGAACUUGGUGCUGACGGCGCAGUAGAAAAGGCGCUGUCGUUGGCUCGACUGGGAGACUGGAUUGCCGAGGCAUGCUUAGAAAAACCAACCGACAUCAAGAGCAGAUUCUUUGAUCCUGCCGUCGAGCUCGCCAUCGCAGCCGAGAAGCGGACGGACGUUCGCGAUCACGCAUGUGCCACUGUUUUCCGCAAAUGUGCACUUUUUGCAGACCAACAAUAUCAUUCGAUCCUGAAGUCGUCAGACGCCAUGCGUUGGCACAUCUACAAGGAGCGGAAGAAACAAGAGGUCAGGCAGAGAGACACCCAACUGCAAAAAACUCAACAAGGAACAAACGAGUACUUGGUAUUGAUUGAAGAACAGAAAAAGGCGCGAAUUGUGUUGGCUGAAGAUUCGAAAGCCUAUGCGAGCCAUACAGGAGCGCGAGACGCGUUCCUUGAGCUGGCUCUUGAUAUGUACUCUCGUUGUCUGGCUUCCUCUGAUCGUUUUGAUGACGAUGGUCCCAUCCGCUUCUCAUCCCUUUGGUUCGCGAAUUUCGACGACCAUGACAUCCAAGACAAGCUCCAAGCCGCUCUCGAUCGCGUGCCCUCCCGCAAGUUUGUCUUCCUCUCCCAUCAGCUGUCUGCUCGCAUGUCAAAAUCCUCGACAGAGCUCCCGAAGAAUCAGCAGAACCUCCAAGGGCUCGUCUUGCGCAUGUGCCAAGAGCACCCUUUCCAUAGCCUGUACCAGGUAUUCUGCUUACGUCCAGAGCAACCCCAGGGCGCGCGAAGGACUUCCUCCCGAAUUGAGCCCGCAUCAUCGCAGACGGAUCGUGGUGGAGCUGCGAGCGCCAUCUUCGAUAGGCUCCUCAGCGAUCCCAUACAUACAGCGAGGGUCCGAUCUAUCGAACAGGUCUGUAAUGCUUCUCUGCAAUGGGCAAAGUAUCCCAUCAAGGAUCGCACCACAAAGAAAACCGAUAACGCACUACAAAUUCCCGAUGCUUUGCUCAUUCGGAAGCUGCGCGACGUCCAGGUUCCUGUAAUGACCUGCCGUACAGCUGUUGAUCCAACCCUCAAAUACAACGACUGUAUCUGGAUCAGUCACUACGAUGCAGCAUUCAUCACAGCCGGGGGUGUCAACGUCCCGAAGAUCAGUGUCUGCUAUGGUAGCAAUGGGGAAAAGUUCAGGCAGCUCUUCAAAGGCGAAGGCAACGACGAUCUACGACAGGAUGCUGUCAUGGAGCAAGUUUUCCACCUGUGCAACAUGGUACUGCGAUACGACAAAGAGACUCGGAGGCGAAAUCUUAACGUCCGCGAUUACAAAGUCCUACCUCUCGCUCCCCAAGCUGGAGUCAUCGAAUUCGUUGGAAAUACCGUCACCCUCCAAGCCUGGCUUCAAGACGCUCACCAGAAGUACCGCCCCGAAGACAUGAAACACACACACAUCGCAGCAACGCUAAAACAUACACGAGAAAAACACGGCGGAAAGGCCGAAGCGAUGGUCUUGGUCUUCCAACAAAUAUGCCGACGAAGCCAGCCCGUGAUGAGGCACUACUUCACCGAAAAACAUAAAACCCCCAUCACCUGGUUCGCCAUGCGUCUCAACUACACUCGCAGCGUCGCCACCACUUCCAUCGUGGGGCACAUUCUUGGGCUUGGGGACCGCCAUGUGGCGAAUAUCUUGAUCGAUAAUGGGUCGGGAGAAGUAGUGCAUAUUGAUUUAGGGAUUGCGUUCGAUCAGGGUAAAUUGUUGCGUAUCCCAGAACGAGUGCCAUUCCGAAUGACACGCGACAUGGUCGACGGGAUGGGGAAGUGCGGGACGCAAGGCGUGUUCCAGCGUUGCGCAGAAGAAACCCUCCGCGUUCUACGCGACAGGUCAGAUGUCAUACUCACUGUACUUGAAGUGUUCAAACAUGACCCGCUGCAUUCUUGGACAGCGAGCGAGCUCAAGAUUAAAAAAGUCCAAGACAGUACAGCUGAGCCCCGAGUGGCCCGCGAUGCGUCCCGCUUCGGUGCUAUAGCACUAGAUUUACAAAGCGGGUCAGCAGACGAAGCCGCUGACCGUGCGCUUGCUGGCGUUGCACGCAAGCUCGACAAGGCGUUGAGUGUGGAGUACACGGUCAACGAACUCAUCGCGGAGGCUACGGAUAUAGUAAACUUGGCGACUAUUUACCAAGGAUGGAGUCCCGACUACUAGACUUCGAUGAGUCCUGAUUAUUAGACGUCGAUCGAGGGCGUUUUAGAAUGAUUCUUCACUUAUGUUUAUAUCGCUUUCUCGGAACACACAAGUUUUCAUCAUCAGUGCUGCAUGUCCAUCCUGUAUCCCUAGUCAUUCUCAUUUCUAUACAUCAAUCAAUCGUGCAUA